UUCCUAAUCCUUUGUAGCAUCUGCAAGAAGUUGUAGCGGUUAAUUUUUCAGCACGCUUCAGCCAUGGCACACACCAUGGUGAGCGUUGCCACAGGGGUCCUGUGCCCUGUGAUUGGGAAACUCUCUACUCUAUUGCAGAUGAAGUACAACAGGCUGAAGGGAGUAGAUAGUGAGAUCCUCUCCCUGAAGGAUGAGCUAAGUAGUAUGAACGCUCUACUCCUGAAGCUAGAGGACAUCGAUGACCUCGAUAUCCAAGUGAAGGAGUGGAGGGACCAGAUCCGGGAGUUGUCGUAUGAUAUUGAGGAUAGAAUUGAUUAUUUCAUGUUCCAGGUAGAUGGUGAUGCCCACAGGCGUGAAAGCAUGAAAGGUUUCUUGCAGAAGAGCAUUCGACAACUGCGGAUGCUUCGAGCACGCGACAAGAUGGCUGAUCAAAUAAUAAAGUUAAAGGCUCGUGUUGACAUGGCGAGUGAACGUCGCAAGAGGUACAACUUUGAUGAGACCUUGUCAAGUUCAAUUGGUGUGGUGCCGAUCGAUCCUCGAUUACCAGCACUCUAUGUAGAAGAAGAAAACCUAGUGGGCAUUGAUACACCAAGAGUAGAGCUCAUCAGGUUUUUGACCGAAGGGGAUGAUAAAUUGCUGCAAAAACUGCAGGUGGUGUCUAUUGUUGGAAUUGGUGGACUAGGAAAGACAACUCUUGCCCGUCAAGUUUAUGGAAAAAUUAGUGGGCAGUUUGAUUGCCAAGCAUUUGUAUCAGUUUCUCAAAAACCCGACAUAAGGAAAAUAUUCAAAAAUAUACUGAUCAAUAUAACAGAGCUCGAUUACGGAGCUAUAGAUGCAUGGGAUGAGGAGCGGCUCAUCAAUAAACUCAGAGAAUUUCUCAACGAUAAAAGGUACUUUGUCGUAAUUGAUGAUAUCUGGAGCACAACAGUUUGGACAACAAUCAGAUGCGCUUUCUGUGAAAAUUACCGUGGCAGUAAAAUAUUGUGUACAACACGUAUCAUUUCUGUAGCUGAAACAUGUUGCUCGGCUGACUGCAAAAAUAUUUAUGAAAUGAAACCCCUGAGUGAUGUUUAUGCUGAAAAAUUGUUCAUCAAAAGGAUUUUUGGCUCUGAAGAUCAAUGUCCUGCUUAUUUGAAAGACAUAUAUAUUGACAUCUUGAGAAGAUGUGGUGGUUUACCAUUGGCAAUUAUUUCUCUAGCUAGCUUAUUGGCUACCAAACCACGCACAAAAGAACAAUGGGGGAGGUACAGAAAUUCUGUUUGCUCAGCAACUGAGAACGUUCCCAGUGUAAGCAACAUGCAGAGGAUUCUAUCUCUUAGUUAUAAUGACCUGCCCCACUAUUUGAAGACAUGCUUGCUAUAUCUAAGUACAUUUCCAGAGGAUGUGCUGAUAUUAUGGGAUCCAUUGGUAAGAAGAUGGAUAGCCGAAGGGUUCGUCACUGCACAAGGUGAAGGUGGACGAACUUUAGAGGAAGUCGGAGAGUGCUAUUUUAAUGAACUAAUCAAUAGGAGCAUGAUACAACCGGACGAAAUCCAAUACGACGGGCAAGCUCAUGCUUGCCGAAUGCAUGAUAUGAUUCUAGAUCUUAUUAUAUCUAAAUCAGUUGUUGAAAAUUUCAUCACUUCAUUUUCUCAUAAUUAUUUAUUGGGAUGUCAAGACAAGGUAAUUCGUCGACUUUCCCUCGACUGCCGAGAGCGAGAUGCUAUACUUCCAGCAACCAUGGUUCUUUCGAGUGCUCGAUCACUUGUUGUGUAUGGGUCCACCGAACACAUUCCACUUAUUUCAGCCUUCCAUGUUCUGCGCACAAUUGCCAUAGAAAGCAAUGAUAAACUGAAAAAUUGUUAUCUCAGGGAUAUAGGGAGAUUAUUUCAGUUAAAAUGCUUGAGGCUGAGAGAAGUAGGCAUAAGUGAGCUUCCUGAAGAAAUAGGCGAGCUACAAGAACUUCAGACACUAGAGCUCCAACGUACCCGCAUAAAAGAAUUACCCAAGAGCAUAGUUCGGCUGAAAAAUUUAGUGUUUUUGGUUGCUGAUGGCAUAACUCUACCAGAAGGAAUUGGAAAUAUGAGAGCUUUGCAGAAACUUAUAGGGGUGAAAGUUGAUAUCAGCAUCCCAGUGGAUUGUUUGCGUGAACUGGGUGGUCUGAAUGACCUGAGAUGUCUGUAUAUAAUAUGGUGUGUUAGUGAUGCAUACCCUGACAAGAAAACAUACACAGAUAGCUUUGUUUCUUGCAUCGACGAGCUGUGUACAUUCAAGCUUCGGUACCUACAACUUGGAUGUGAUGAUUCAUCUCUGGAUUUCAUGCUGGAUUCUUGGUCUCACCCUCCUUACCCGCUUUACAAUUUUCAGAUGAUCACUUACUACUGUUUCCCCAUAAUUCCAGAGUGGAUGGCCACGCUUUUUAACGUCGCAUUCCUGGACAUCAAUGUUACUUCUGUGGGGAAGGAUGUUCUUCGGAUCCUUGGGGACUUGCCUUCUCUCUUAUCUCUUUCAAUUACGACAAAAACAAUUGUAUCUGAAAGGCUAGUCUUCGGCAGCAAUGGGUUCCAAUGUCUGAAAGAAUUUGACUUCCAUUCAUGGCAAGAUGUCUUAGGUCCUUUAUUGUUUGAGGUUGGGGCUAUGCCAAAGCUCGAAAAGUUUCGGUUCAACGUGUGGGCACGAACACUAGGAUCUCUAGACAGCAACUUCUAUGAAGGCCUCCAGAACAUGGCUUGCCUCAAGAAUCUUGUCAUUGAGGUAGACUGUAGGGAGGCGAGGGCAGAACAAGUGGAGGCUACAGAGGUUGCUGCGAAGAAUGCCAUUGCAAACAAUCAUCUCCCCGAUCAUCUCAAUGUUCAAAUGAGACGAACCAACGUAGACAGGAUGAUAAAGGACACGGUCAUGGGCAACAGUGUUGUGGAACAGCAAGAGGAGACAGCAGUAAAGAUUCACUAUAACUGAAAACGUGUACUGUGGUGCAAGAAUUGAAUGGGAUCACUACUGUUGGAGGUAUGUCACGAGGACCUUCGACCGAGCUUGCCGAAACUAGUUCACAACCGCCAGGGCAAAGCAUGGUGGCAAAGUGCCGAUUGUCACAAAGACGAACGCUCAGCACGAAUGGCUAGGGGAAGCCAAGGAUGUUUGCCCCCUAGCCGAGGACCUUUGCCCCAGACCAAAAAGGGCUGAGGGACCGAAGUGACCAACCGACCAAUGGAGGCCCACCUGGUGGCCCAAGAUGAAGCGUUGGGUGAAUUGUUACAAUUACCCUCAUAAAUGUCUUUAUCAUAAGAGUAGUCAUAUAAAUUCCUUUGUAUUUAGUAACCCUAGGGUACAUGAGCUAAGUACUAAGCCUAUAAAUAGAACCCAAGGGGCAUGUAUUGGGGGAUCCUAAGAAAUUUUGAAUAUUGCACUACAACGGGCACCCACAUCUCAAUUGGGCGGCAACCCCAUCUGUGUCGGGCAUGGAGAGUAAUUACAUUUGAUGAGCUUUGUUGAUGACAUCAUCGAUUUAUGAUGUUUCUUUUACUAGAAAACGACAUAAAGUUUAGCCACACUUGACUAUA